AUGGCAGACAGUGGCAAGCUAUUGGAGUCCCCAGCUACGCGGGUGGCGGCGCUUGCUCCUGCAAAGUCCAAGAAGGUGCAUUAUCCUUUUUGGUUUGGAGGUUCGGCUUCAUGUUUCGCAGCAUGUGUGACACAUCCUUUAGAUCUGGUAAAGGUUCGGUUACAAACACGCGCACCCGAUGCGCCGAAGAACAUGCUGGGUACGUUUGGACAUAUUGUGAAAAACAAUGGAAUCUUGGGAUUAUAUGGCGGUCUUUCAGCUGCUAUGCUGCGUCAAAUCACCUACUCGACUACUCGAUUCGGUAUAUAUGAAGAACUAAAAGGCCGCUUCGUCACGCCUGGCCCGGAUGCCUCUUCACCAAGUCUCCUCACUCUGAUCGGAAUUGCUACUGUUUCUGGAUUCAUCGGCGGUAUCACUGGUAAUCCGGCUGAUGUGGUGAACGUGCGGAUGCAGUCCGAUGCUGCUUUACCUCUUGCCCAGCGACGCAACUACCGUCACGCGUUCGACGGCAUAAUACAGAUGACCAAGACGGAAGGUGUUAGCUCACUCUUCCGAGGUGUCUGGCCCAACUCCACUCGUGCGGUACUGAUGACUGCCUCGCAAUUAGCGUCAUACGAUACCUUCAAGAGCUUGUGUAUUAAGAAAUUCGGCAUGAAGGACAACCUCACUACCCACUUCACUGCCUCUCUCAUGGCUGGGUUUGUUGCUACGACAGUGUGCAGUCCGGUUGAUGUUAUCAAGACUCGCAUUAUGAGCGCGUCCGCCACUGAUGGCCACCAUCAUAGUAUAGUCAGUUUGCUGCGUGACAUCUGCCGCAAGGAAGGCUUUUCUUGGACUUUCCGUGGCUGGGUGCCGAGCUUUAUUCGUCUCGGACCUCACACUAUUGCCACAUUCGUGUUCUUGGAAGAGCACAAGAAGCUCUACCGGAGAUUGAAGGGCAUAUAG